CCCCUGACCUCUGUCUGGACAGUGCUGAUUGGCCCUGUACUGAUCACAUGCACUCACCCAAGAAAAAAAACUCUCUAGCAAUACACACCAAACUGAGCAUGUGCAGCUUGCCCCUGAGCCUCUGUUCUAUCAGAGGAUAUUUAGGAGACACUGGAAGAGGGGGAGGAUUAGAGAAGACAGGAUCAAACAUCCUUUUUACACAGUUCUGAGGAUUAACCCCUUAGGUUCCACAGUGAGUAUAACAAGCAGGCUUUACUGCAUAUACAGACUGAUUUUACUGUUGUGGAUUUGGUAACACUU